ACCUUCAUCAUAAGAAUAAGACCUGUUGAAAACAGACGAGCUGCUGGAGCGACGGACGUUCUCCUGAUGAUCUGCAGAGUGAAACUCAUCCGUUUAUUGGGUGGCCACAGGUGUAUUUCAACAUGGAAAGAUACCCUACUCAACACUCCAGGUGGUGCACCUUGCUGUCUUCUGUUCUGCAGGACUCUCCAGGAGGAUUCAGACUCAUCUGGACUCAGCCGUCUGUCCUACAAGUCAAAAGAAGAUCCUAUUGCAUUCCAAAACAUCCAGCCUGACACAGAGACUGACCAGAGGAGGUCUGAGGAUGCCGCUGAUCGUUUUGCUCAGUAUCAACUAUUAGACCUGGACUCUGUAUUCACGCUGCUUAAGGAGGACAUCAUCAGUUUUGCGACGGAUGAGCUUGAGAGGUUUAAAAGGGUUCUUCAACAAGCUGACCAAGACUAUCUGGAGAAACAGAGGGAGGAUAAAGACUUGAUCGACAAGGAGGAAGAGCUGAAGAGGAGCAACAGAGAGGCUUUUCUGAAGCUCACACUGAACUUCCUGAGGAUGAUGAAGCAGGAUGCCAUGGCUGACUCUCUGCACAACAAGUCUCCUGCAGCAUGCCAAAAUAAACUGAAAGCUAACCUGAAGAAGAGGUUUCAACGUUUGUUUCAAGGGAUUUCCACAGCAGGACAGCCAACACUCCUGAAUGAGAUCUACACAGAACUCUGUAUCACAGAGGGGGGGACUGGAGUGUUGGAUGAUGAACACGAGGUCAUGCAGAUUGAUAGAGCAUUCAGAAAGUCAUUGAGAUCAGAAAAGGUAAUCACCUGUGACCAAAUCCUUCAACAAGGAGGGGAUGUUCCUGUCAGAACAAUGAUGACAAAGGGAGUAGCGGGCAUAGGGAAAACGGUCUUAACACAAAAGUUUGGGCUGGACUGGGCAGAAGACAAAACUCACAACAAUAUACAGUUCACAUUUCCAGUAGCUUUCCGAGAGCUUAAUUUGCUGAAAGGGAAAAAGUACAGUUUGGUAGAACUUAUCCAUCACCUGUUUAUUGAAACCAGAGAAGCAGGAAUCUACAGGUUUGAAGAGUUUAACGUUGUGUUCAUCUUUGACGGUCUGGAUGAGUGUCGACUUCCUCUGGACUUCCACAACAACGAGAUCCUCACUGAUGUCAGAGAGUCCACCUCGGUGGAUGUGCUGCUGACAAACCUCAUCAGGGGGAGACUGCUUCCCUCUGCUCGCCUCUGGAUAACCACUCGGCCUGCAGCGGCCAAUCAGAUCCCUCCUGUGUAUGUUGACAUGGUGACAGAGGUCAGAGGGUUCACUGAUACACAGAAGGAGGAGUACUUCAGAAAGAGAUUCAGAGACGAGGAGCAGGCCAGCAGUAUCAUCACCCACAUCAAGAAAGCACAAAGCCUCCACACCAUGUGCCAGAUCCCAGUCUUCUGCUGGAUCACCGCUACAGUUCUGGAGGAUGUGACCAGCGAGAGUGAGGAGCUGCCCAAGACCCUGACUGAGAUGUACAUCUACUUCCUGGUGGUUCAAAUGAAGCAGAGCAAUGUCAAGUUUCUUGGAGGAGUCGAAACAGAUCCACACUGGAAUCCAAACAGCAAAGACAUGAUCGUGUCUCUGGGAAAGCUGGCUUUUGAGCAGCUGCUGAAGAGGAACCUGAUCUUCUAUGAAUCAGACCUGACAGAGUGUGGCAUCAAUCUCAGGGAGGCCUCUGUGUACUCAGGAGUGUUCACACAGAUCUUUAAAGAGGAGAGAGGACUGUACCAGGACAAGGUGUUCUGCUUUGUGCAUCUGAGCGUUCAGGAGUUUCUGGCUGCCCUUUAUGUUCAUUUGGAGUUCACCAACUCAGGGUGCAAUCCUCUGGAAGACAAGGAAUUAUCCUGUAACACAUCCGAGGAGGUACGCAGCAAAUCUGCAGGCUUCUAUCAGAGUGCUGUGGACACGGCUUUACAGAGUCCAAACGGACACCUGGACUUGUUCCUCCGUUUUCUCCUCGGCCUUUCUCUAGAGACCAAUCAGAAUCUACUGAGAGGUCUUCUGGCACCAGCAGAAAGUAGCCCUCAAACCAAGCAGGAAGUAGCUGAGUAUGUCAAGGAGAAAGUCAGGGAGAAUCCCUCUCCAGAGAAGAGCAUCAAUCUGUUUCACUGUCUGAAUGAGCUGAAGGAUCACUCUCUAACGGAGGAGAUUCAACAGUAUCUUAGUUCAGGACGACUUUCCACAGAGGAACUCUCUCCUGCUCAGUGGUCAGCUCUGGUCUUCAUCUUACUGUCAUCUGAGGAUAACCUGGACAUGUUUGAGCUGAAUAAAUACUCUGCUUCAGAAGAGGCUCUGCUGAGGCUUCUGACAGUGGUCAAGGCUUCCAAAAAAUCCAUACUGAGUGGCUGUAACCUGACAGAGAGAAGCUGUGAAGCUCUGGCAGCAGUUCUCAGCUCCGAGUCCUCCUGCUUGAGGGACCUGGACCUGAGAAACAAUGACUUGCAGGACUCAGGGGUGAAGCUGCUUUCUGGUGGACUGAAGAAUCCAAACUGUAAGCUGGAGACUCUCAAGCUUUCAGGGUGUCUGAUCACAGACCAAGGCUUUCUAUCGCUCGCCUCAGCUCUGAGCUCCAACCCUUCCCACCUGAGAGAGCUUGACCUGAGAUACAAUCAUCCAGGAGACUUGGGGGUGGAACUGCUCACUGCUGGUCUGAGGGAUCCAAAGUGGAAACUUGACACUCUGAGGGUCAACUAUGGAGGAGAACGUUGGUUAAAACCAGGUCUGCAAAAAUAUUUCUGUGAACUCAAACUGGACCCAAACACAGCCAACGGAAACGUUUUUCUCUCUGCAGAAAACAGAAAAGCACAGAGCGUGAGCCAGAGCCUGCCGUACCCUGAUCACCCUGACAGAUUUGAUAUUGUGUAUGCGGUGCUGUGUGAAGGGGGUUUAAGUGGCCGCUGUUACUGGGAGGUGGAGAGGGAGGGCUGGCUGUCUAUUGGGAUGACUUACAGAGGAAUCAAAAGAAAGGGAGAUGACAUCUCGUGCAGGCUUGGAAGGAACAGCAUGUCCUGGGCUUUAUUCGUAUCUUCUAGACUUGUCUCUGCUUGGCACGACGACGGCUCAGAAACCAUUUACAUGCCUCCAGCAUUUCUCCCAAAGAGAGUUGGAGUGUAUCUGGAUUGGGACGCAGGCACGCUGUCCUUCUACAGAGUCAGCUCUAACUCACUGAUCCACCUGCACACCUUCCACUCCACCUUCACCGAACCCCUCUACCCUGGGUUCAUGCUCAGGAAGGAAUCUGCUUUGUCUCUGUGUCAGCCGGGAGAGGCAACAGAUUGAUAAAAAGAGAAGAAAAAUCAACACAAGAGAUACAAACAACUAAAAGAGAUAGAAGUACCAUUCAAUGAAAACAAAGAGACAUACACCACAAGCCCAUUUCAGGAAGGAGUUUCAACAAACUGAGUGUAACCCUGAACUCUGGGUAGAUGAACCCCCAGAUAGGAAACCCUGAGUUUCCCUCUUUUUGGGGUUAAAAGACUCAGUGUUUCCAAAAAAACCUGCUCUCUGAAACAUUCCCCUGAAAAUCAGAUGCAAUGACCAGUACUGAAUGCAAAACUACAACAAAAACAUGUCAAAUAACAACGAAGCGACACAAAACACUCACAAAGUGAUGCAAGAUGACAACACACAACAGCUACACAAGAAGAGGCGCAGCUCGACUCAGAAAACCUUAUUACACACACAAAACAACUAAUCAGCAAUCACAAGCACAACAAAGAGAAGCACAACAGCCACAGAGAGAUGGAAACAGUUUGCCAAGAUAAGAAAUAUAGAGAUACAGCUCACCCUAACCCCUAAAUCCCUGCAAGAAGUCGUCUGAACCAGUGUGUAAGUAAAAAGGUCAGAAUAAAAAUCCCUGCUCACUGAUACGAUCUUUUCCAAUCUUUAGUUCAUAUUGUGAAUACAUAUAUUUUACAUUUACAUGUGGCGUUGAUAAAAAAGGUUACAAAUUGUCACCAUAAUGUCAGUCUCUGUUUUGCCAACAUCUUGUAUAUCUUGUCAUGUGACCUCCACAACACCCUUUUCAUGUCCUGUCCUUCCCCCUGAAAUAUGAAGCUAAUCUUUGCAUUUCAUGUUCAUUUUUUCAUUUUUUAUGCUUCAGAAUUUAACAUCUUCACCUUUUAUUAUUUUUGAUGUAUUUUAAUUGUCAGUCAAGAAUCAUGCUUACCU